AAUCGCUUCCGCCCUCGGGAUCUUCGGCGUCACCUGCAGCGGCUUCAGCGCCACUCCGCCGCCUCCUCCUCCUCCUCCUGCUGCUGGCUUGGUCCUUCACCGUCGGCCUUCACUCGUUCUCCUCAGCUGCUACCGUCCUACUCCAACCUCACCUCAUCUGUUCUCCUCCAACCUCACCUCAGCUGUUCUCUUCACGACCGCUUUCGUCAUCAUCCUCACCUGUUCUCUUCAGCCACCACCAACCCAUCAUCAUCAUCAUCUGUGUCUUCAUCAUCAUCAUAUUGUUCUCUUAAUCAUCAUAUUGUUCUCUUCUUUAUCAUCAUAUUCCUCUCUUCAUCCACAUCAUCAUCAUAUUGCCACCACCAUCCACACACCCCCCUUGCUCAUCCUCCUCACGUUAGAUAUUUGAGAGGGGGAGGAUAAAACUACGAUUUUUUUAGAGGAAUUUUUGUUGUAAUUCGCAUCAAAUUUUGUCGAGGUAGACGGCAGUGCCGGUUUUAUCGGCGUAUUGCUUUUAAACAUUUGUGUUUUAAUGUUUCGCGUGUCUCGCUCCGUACGACGUGGCCAACCACGGCGCUUCGGCGUCUAAAUAGCGGCGGUGGGUGACAACAUCAACAACAACAUUACUAAUUUACUAAUCUACUACAAUCCGCACAGAUUUUCUCGCUUGUCGCUAAUAAUUCAUUGCGAAGACGACGUUUUGUAGAAUUACAAAAAAAUUGUUUAAAAUAAAUCAAAAAUCCAUUGACAACAUCUGCCGUGUCGACUUGCAGCUCCGGGUCUACGCACUUGAGAGUGCCAGCGAGUGGGCCGUGUACUGUAGCCCGAGUAUUUAAACACUCUAAACGCGCCUAGUGUUGAUUUAGAACAUUACACAAGCACACACACAGAGAUACCUACACACAAAUAGGAUCACACGUAGACACUGGACAUAGAUACCAAGGACGUAGAUACCAACGCGCGCACGUAGCUUAAACACGUGUGUGUGUAUAUAACACGCACACAAGCGGAGGUCUAUCAGGUUACCACCACCAACCACACUCGGGGUCCCCAUCACAGGGGCAGCUGGAGAGAGACAAUGUCCAAGGGAGAGACUGUCCAGAUCCCAGACGACGAGGCGUUUCAGUCGUUCCGCAACGACUGUGAGAGCACGGAUGGCUGGGACGUCACCUACAACAAGGGCACAGUGGCCGUGUGGACGCAGCCGCUGCGAAACGGCACCUUCGUGCAGAAGCUCAAGACUCGUCUGGAAUGCAAGGAUGUGUCGGCGGAAACGAUGUACGACGUCCUGCACGACAUCGACUACCGGAAGAAGUGGGACUCCAACGUCGUGGAAACCUUUGAUAUUGGCAAGCUGACGGCUAACGCGGAUGUGGGUUACUACUCAUGCAAAUGCAAACCUCUGAAGAACAGGGAUUUCAUCACACUGCGCUCUUGGCUUGCCCUCCCCGAUUCCUACAUGAUCAUAAACCAUUCCGUCAAGCACCCGAAAUACCCUGCGAAGAAGGAGUGUGUGCGUGCAGUGUCUCUGAUGACUGGAUACCUGGUCCGCAUAACAGGCGCCAACAGCUGCUCGCUCACCUACCUGUGCCAGGUCGACCCCAAAGGCUCCUUGCCCAAGUGGGUGGUGAAUAAAGCCUCUCAGUUCAUGGCUCCAAAGGCGAUGAAGAAGAUCUACAAGGCGUGUUUGAAGUACCCCGAGUGGAAAAGCAAGCACAACUGUGACCACAAGCCGUGGCUGUACCCGGAGCAGAACAACCUCGUAACCGUGCGGCUGAGCGAGCUCACGGUGCAGCACGCCGACUCGCUGGAGCGAAUCGACGAGAGCGGCCUGUCGGAGGGCCGUGACGAGCGCAACUUUAACUCGGACGAUGAGGAGGCCAAGGAAGCCUGAAGCGGAAUCUCGCUAGUUCCGAACGUGGGGGGGCGGCGGCAAUUCUCUCGGUUGUUUUCGAACAGUCGACAGCGGCCACGCACCGACACGACCGACGUGAUAAGCGGCGGCGGCGGCCACUUGUCUCUGCGCGACCCACCGUCACAAUUGCACCGCCAGCCCCACUAAGAGUAGAUGCGUCGUGUUUUUGUGCCUACGAGAGAGUGCAUUGUCAGCGGGAGCGCAACCACUGCGGGCAAAACUGUGAAACGUUUAAAACUGUGCACAAGCCGUGAGCGCUUACAGGGGGCGGGGAGGGACCGUGAGAUCCGAGCUUGCUUUUGAAGUCUUGCACAGGAAUAUUAAAACAUAUUGUGAUAUUUAAAAACAUCUAAUUAAAUGGAUGUGGAAAAAUACUUGCAGGUGCCUAUAUAUACAAAAUCAGUUUUGGAAUUUGAUUAAAAUGUUAUUUUAAGAAAAUGAAUGGCACAGGUUCUCAACCAUCCAAAAUAUUUCUCUCCAAACCUCCCAACCUCCUCCAUGCCCUCCACCGCUGUGAGUGUUUUUUUGUCUCUGCCCUGCAGUGGUGUCUUAGUUUUUUGUUCGGUUAACAACAUGUGCUUUUGGUAUCACGUGUUUGUAUUUGUUUUAUGAUUGUACUGCUCGCCCGAAGUGUGGUGACGCAGAUUCCUAAUUUGGCUUUUGUGAAGUGCUGUCAAUUGGCUUGAAACAUUUAUUUGUCGGAUUUUUUAAAACGAUAACAUUUAUUGUAAUUGAGUGAUAGGUGGUUAUGAGUUGCCUGGCUGCCCAGUGCAGUAUAUUUAUGCCACUUGCAUGUGAUCAUUUAAAUUACGUGAACCCAACUAUUGUUUGUCUGCAUUACAAUUUGUAGCAUAUCGUUAAAAUUAUCACCCUCAUUUGCGCAAGUAAUAACGUUAACUGGCCCUGUGAGUACUUGGAAGAUCAGUGCAUUCAAAUUUGAAAAAAUUCUUGGGAAUUUUGUAAUCGCACAAAAAAAUGUAAGAGUCUGAAUGCUGAUGCAUGCUGCUGUACAAACACUGCUGUUUAAAUUGCCGUUUGGAACUGUAAUACUAGCACACGUUUUCGACGGCCGAUGCCUUUGAUUAUUUCAAGCUGUUUACUUAUGCGUUCAGUAAAAUUUUGCUUAGUAAAACAUCCAGCCUAUCAACAUAGGCCUGAUUUUCAGUGGGGAGGUGUGUUGUGCCCAUUUCAUGCAGACUUGUUGCGAUAUUCACAUAUGCCUGGUAAAGCUCUAUAAUUUAGCGCUUUCCGAUUUCUGCUCUGGUUGCUAAUACGUGGGGUGUAACAAUGCAUCGAUUCGACAAAAAUAUCAAUUCUUAUGCUCCAUGAUACGCGAAUGGAAUCGCGCGUGUAAGAAUUGAUCUUUUCCCCGAUUCCUGCUUAUGCAAUGAGUGCACGCAUCCCCUUCCAACAACUGCACUCACAAUAGCAUACAUUUGAAUUAUUGAAUUGCAAGCAGGAAAAUUGUUACGCCCAUACUGAUAGCGUUACAAAGUACAGGAGCUAAAAUGUAAGUAGUAAUUAAGCUUGCACACAUUGCCUGGCUUAAAAGUGUGAGCUCUGUUGGCAUGUACGCGUGUGACAUAUAUAAGCCAACGAGUUCAAAGGUCGGUGGCAUUAAACAACUUAGUUUCCAGUGUAAAUUCAGAAUAUGUAAGCUUUGCUAAAUUGUUCAUCGGUUUUAUGGAAGCCCAAAUCAUCAUAAACGCAAAUUAAAUUGUAGUAAAAUAAUUGCUUACGAGUAAAUGUACACGAACAUUUCCCCCGGCUGUAGAGAUGUUGCAUGCCAAUACGCUUUUAACAUGGUUAAAUAAAGGGCCAUGAAUUGAUUGAAUUGAUUGCUUUUUAACGAGUUUGCAUCGUGUACAAUAUUGCUGAUAUGGGUUUGCGUGUAACGAAUGCUUAACCCCUGCCUGUGGUUGCGAGUUAAGCAGUGCUGACUAAGAACGUUGCAUGUACUAUAGGCCAAAGUUCAAUCGUUUUCAUCCUAGCAUAUCUUUAAAACCCACGUUUUCAUUGAUCAUGUCCAUCGUCAACAAUUGUUUCAUGAUUUACAUUGAGGCCGAAGUGUAAAACCUAUCGGAUAUGAAUCGGUGGGUGUGGUGCGAAUUUCGGCGAGCAAAUGUGCUUUAAAAUACAAGACUGCUUAUACAUGUAACGUGAUGCCUUUGCUUAUUGGCAGCCUUUAUUUUUGUAUUAUGCCUGUGCCAUUAAUACCAUAGACUACACUUUUCAAAAGGUACACGUUCAUGAAACACAAGUUCUUGGAAGUGCGCAGGCUUUGCUCCAGUUUGCUGUUCUCGGGAAUGAUAGGCGAUUUUAGUAACGUCCCUUCAUGCCUAGUUUAUACGAUGGGAGCGAGUGUUUUGAGUGUGUAGAAAUAGCAAACCUGUCAACCCCUUAUUACAGACCAAUUCAGGCAUUAUUGGUCACCCCGUGACCUUAUACAUCUCAACGUUCAUCCUACAAAGUCCUAUCACGAGGGAGAAACACAAACAAAUAGAUAAAACAUUGUUUUACGAAAUGUCAGUGUACAAGAAUACGGGUAACCCGUAUGGGUUGACAGGUAUGAAAUAACCCCACUUAUUAACUUCGUACAGUUAGUUUUUUUCUCUUUUAAAUAUUAGGAAUCUGCACGAUUGACUAAAUAUUACGAAAGUUGGCCUCUUUUUCCACCAAUCUAAUUUAGCCAUGACCGUCAGGCCUCGUGGUGGCUGAAAAUAAACGCUCUCCUUUUGCCAACUUGUUUUUGCGACAACAACAAAAUAAUUGUCCCGCAUGCCUGGCUGUCUCCCCACUUCGUUGGGAUAAAACCUGUUUUUCUUUGCCGCUUUUCCUGGGUGAGUUCUAUGGACGGUACACGUUUGCGCGGGUGCGAGUUCUUUUCACGAGUACAACAUUCCGUAAUCGCAUCGGCGAUUGUAACUGGUGUUUACAUGAAUCUCGGUCGAGUUUAGUAAAGACACGGGGCGAUUGUGAGGAAAGCUGAUGUUGGAUAGGAGGACCAUCGCUGCUGGGCUUGCAAUGAGAAAGCUUUGCUGAAGGAGUUUUUAAGAUGUUGUCGAGGGUUUGUAGAUGAGCCCAAGUCAUUUUGUAUCACCAACCGGAAUAGACAGAUGCGUGGGUGGGUGUUACUGUUCAUCGAUUGCUUCGUUUACACGUUGAAGAGAUUCGGGCAGCAUAGGUUGUACAAUUGUGUUUCUAAACGUUUGAAAAAAACAUGCCAAAUGUUUCUCUUAAUGCCUGCUGUGUAUAAUCAUUUGGUGCACAAAGCAACAGAUUGUGUAUUACUAUUCUGAUGCUGUGGAUGGGGUGGCAGUUUGUUAAACUGAACUACUGAAGUAAUUGGUGAAUGCUGUAACAUAUAGAAUGUAGCUUGGUUUGAGUAUAAAUAUGAUUUAAUCUUU